ACAGAGGUGCUGGGCCCUAGGCCAGCCUCUGCCUGGAAAGUUCCCUCUGGGAACGUCUUCCGGCGGGUACUUUGGCCUGAUUCCAGGCCCUAUGGCCUGUGGAACCUCACCACUGGGGGGAAAGCUGGGCCGGACGGAGUCAUCACCUGUGGUGCCGGCCCCAUGGAUGAGGUGGAGUGGAUGCAAAGACAACCCAAGCCGGAAGACCUAAGGGUUGGGCUCAUCAGCUGGGCAGGAUCCUACCUCACUUAUGAGGCAUAUAAGAGUACAGUCACUGCUACUGCAAAGGGUUUGGGCCGGAGACAGACCUGGGAGGUCCUGGUGAGCAACGAGCACGACACACAGGCUGUGGUGCGACUAAGGAGCUUGAAGGGCCUCUACCUUCUAUGUGAGGCAGAUGGCACUCUGUGCUACGGCCGGCCGAGGACCAGCCACCACGGAUGCUUCUUGCUCCGUUUCCACCGAAAUGGCAAGUGGACCCUCCAGUGCAUCAUCAGUAGUCGUUAUCUGGAGUCUGAUGGCGAGGAUGUGUUCUGCAACUCCCGGGUCCUCUCAGCUUACCACAUGUGGACCCCUCGGCCAGCCCUGCAUGCCCAUGUGGUCCUCUACAGCCCCCUCAACCGCUGCUAUGCCAGGGCCGACCCCACCACGGGUCGAGUCUGGGUGGACGCACCAGUUCCCUGCCUGGAGGAAUGUGGCUUCUUGUUGCAUUACCAAGAUGGAUGCUACCACCUGGAGACCUCUACACACUCCUUCUUGUCCCACAUAGACCGGCUGGUCUCCCAACCUUCAACACAGACAGCUUUUCACAUGCAAGUGCGGCCUGGAGGGCUCGUGGCACUGAGUGAUGGAGAAGGAGGCAUGUUGUACGCACAGGGCCCACGCCUGCUCCUGGCCCUGGGCUCUAAUCCCCAUAGGGGCGAGGAGUGGUUCAUCCUACAGCACUGCCCGACCUGGGUGAGCCUCAGGUCGAAGACUCGGAAGUUCCUCUCCAUCGUCUACGAUGUUGAGGUGUAUGCAGCCUCUGAGCACAUAACCCCAAUGUCACUGUUCCAGUUUGAAAGUGACAAUGAGAACCACAACUUGCAGCUUCGUUCAGCCAAUGGCUACUAUCUAGCCCAGAGGCGCCAUAGGACAGUGAUGGCUAAUGGGCACCGGCUGGAGUGUGACACCUUCUUCCAUAUGCACUGGAAUUGUGGCAAGAUCAUGCUGCAGACUGCUAGUGGACGCUUCUUGAGCAUCGCACCCGAUGGCCUGCUAAUGGCCAAUGCCACCAUUCCAGGCCCAAAUGAGGAAUUUGGGAUUCGAUUAGCCAACCGCCCCUUCCUUGCAUUGCGAGGUCGUUAUGGGUAUGUGGGCACCUCGUCAGAACAGGACCUCAUGCAUUGCAACAUGGAUCAGCCGGACUGCAUUCACCUGCUGCCCUGCCGCCAGGGCAUCUACCACUUCCAGGCACAGGGUGGAUCCUUCUGGUCGAUAACAUCCUUUGGCACCUUUCGCCCUUGGGGAAAGUUCGCCCUCAACUUCUGUAUCGAGCUUCAGGGGAGCAACUUGCUCACGGUGCUAGCACCCAAUGGCUUCUACAUGCGAUCCGACCGAAGUGGCACCCUGUUGGCAGACAGCGAGGACAUUACCAAAGAGUGUAUUUGGGAAUUUUAGGCCAAUGGAAUAUCACCUACCAAAAUCCAAUUCCUUCAGGAGAAACUACUACACUAAACGGAACAGGAACUCCAGAGUCAAGAUCCAUGAGAAGAAUAUCUGUUACACAACUUUUCCUACCCAGUUUAGCGAAACACCUGUUUCUAGCAAUACAUCACAAAAGGCCAUCCCCAAGACCCUGGUGUGCAUCUGACUCAGUACACAGUAGGGUCUGAAUGAUGGGUGGGGGCGGGUGAGACUGAGGCUCUAAGCCACUCCACAUUCUAGCCAGAAGAGGGGAGACCACAUGGUAACCAGUUCUUCCAUUGAUCCUCCCCACCCCCACCAGAACCAUUAGACUUUUCCCAGUCAUAUCAUGAGGAGUCAGUCUUGCCUUGAAAGAUUCAGAAUCCAGAUAUGACUGAAUGUCUUUUUGGUUUAGAAAGAAUUAAGGAUUCAUAAUUUUAUGGGCACAGCAUAAUGGUAAUAACUCCUUAUGCCUAUAUAGCUCACCCCUCCCCACCAACCCACCGCCCCAUGAAGUUUUCAUAUCAGCCCACCUUAUCAUUACCUUUGAUCCAGUCCGUCGGGCACAGCAGGCACUUUCCCCAUCACUGCCCACCUUUUACAGGGAGCUGGAGUGGUUUGCCCAAGGUCGCAUGGCCAGGACCUCUGACUCAAUUCUUCAAUUAGAGUGGACGCUGAUGUCCACUCCUCUUUCCAUCAAAACAGAGCUUCCAAAGUGACUGUCAUUCUUGCACUGUCUUCAUAACUUUGAUGUUUAUCUACCUGCCAUCUGCGCUAUUAAUGUUUGUAGUGACAUAGACUCUUACGUACAUUUAUUUAGAAAAAUUUUUCUAAGAGUUUAUUUGGGCCCAAACUGAUGACAUAUGCUGGGGAGCAAGAUCUCAAAUGCUUCCGAGAAUAACAGUUUUGCAGCUUCCUUUACUCAUUUGACAUUAAGGAGGGGACGAAAGGAAGAUUGGAGAAACCAAGGCAGGGAUUGGAUUACAGGAUAAUUAACAAGAUUACUGCUGUCUUCAAGGGGUAUUACAUCUGGCAUUUCAAAGGUGUGUUAACCUAGAUGCACAAGAACAAUGGACAGGGCUGGCUUAAAACCUAGAAAGGAAUAUUUUUAAUCACUAUCAUAAAAUGGAAGAUCAGAAUCGCUUGCCAUAAACAAAAAGUGACCAUAAAUAUAAAUAAAAUGAAAACAAAGUGA